AUGGAGUUAUCUCUGCUUCCGCCUGUUCAGAUGCUACUGGGGAGCACACACAAUAGCACAUUUCCACAGAUUGCUCCUGCCUCACGUCAACAAAGCUCUAUCUGUUUCCGCCUGUUAGAAGUCCAAGAGCCUUGUGACUUCAUCCCAUCUAUUCACUUGUUCACUUGCUCCUGGGCGGGUACCUGGAAGUGGACGGAAAAGCCACCGUCCCAUCUGUCCCCGGCGUCAAACCCUAUUUAUUGCCUGUUGCUUGGGUUUUGUGCUCUGUCAUCUCUUCCUCUCGCACAACAAACGACCAACGGCAGAAUACCUCCAACUGCAGGUAUUCCCAGUCACAACCUCGAGUUUCCGCUACUGAUCUGCCAAACUGCUUGGUGCCAACCUACCAAUUCAAGAAACUACAAAUUUGGAACAGCACCGCACAGCAAAGCUCCAAUCAUGGCUUCUACCAACGUCAGGAAUGGGUUUCCCAAGGAUGUGCAGGCCUACGGAAACUGGCCUGGCCAGUAUCUUCUUCUCAGCUAUGGCGACAGGGUCCGCAUCAUCGCCCACGCAAUGACUUAUGACCAGCUCCUCAGCAUGAUCCGUCGCGGAUUUGGCAUUGGCCGAUACGACAAUCUGACCCUACUUUUCAAGCAUAUGAUGCCCCAGGGCAAUACCAUCGAGGCCGAGCUGGAUGAGUCCGCCUACUAUCUUAUCAAGAACCAGUCCGAGAUUCGCUGCGUCGAUACGCUUCAGUACCUCAACACGAAGCGCCAGGCUCCCCAGGUACCUCUUGCGGGUUACACUCAGGCGAACGUUUAUCCCAGGUACAGUUCUGGGUACGACAGAUUGUUCGCACCUUUUUCGACUGCGCCCUCGAAUCCAUAUGUGGUGCCUAUGCCCGCCCCUUCAAUGCAGCAUCAGCAUGUUCCCCAGAUCACUGGAAUGACGGUCGCCGGUGAAAAGAACAAUGCUUUCGGUGGUGUUGCUGGCCAGCCUACGAGCACCGGAGCUGCCACAGCUGCCCAAGUUUCCCAGCAGGCCCCUGUCAACGAGCCCGAGAGAGAUCCCAGAACUGGUCUUCCAAAGGGCUGGCUUAUGUUGUCUGACGACGAGCUGCCCAGAGACCCAACUGUGAAGCUGGGUAACAACCUUUUCGGUAAGAAGGCCAUCAACACUGCCGCGACAGAGGGACCCAACCAGACCAAGAAUUCCAUCAUCCAUCCCAAUCUGUGGAGACCUGUCAUCACGUCCGAGAAGCAAGCCGAGGCGCCCCAAGACAAAGGGAAGGGGGUCAUGAAGAAGGAAUCAGCUGGGGAAUCUUCCAAAGAAGAGAAAGCCACAGGGUGGCGCGAAGUCACUGCUACUUACACUGCCAUCAAGUCUGCUUUGGCGUCACGUUCUACACCCGUGGAUCGCCGUCUCGUUCACGAUUAUCUGGUCGCAAGCACCUAUAUGAAUGGCGGCAAGGAGCCGCUCUGCGAGCCCGAGAGAAAGUUUCUCCUGAGCGUAUUCGGUCGUUGCUAUGCAACGAAACCAAUCAAGUACCUCGCGGAUCUCCGCCACGACAGUGAGAUCUUGGAGAUCCUGCUCAGUCACACCCCUGGUUGCAACAUGAGGUGCGCGGCAGAUGUCAGGGAUAAGUGCACCUGCGGCGGACCUCAGGGGCCCAAAGAGUGCUGUGAAGAGGGGCUCAAACCCUCCAUGAUCGGAAACAUUUUGGAAUGUGCAAAGAGUCGCCUCAGGGAUGCUCUGGACCGCACUGGCAUCGUCUCGCAGCGCGACAUCAAGGGCGAGACGUUUUACUUUCACCAUGAGAAGUGUGUCCAGAGCAUGUGCAUCUGUGCCAUCUUCGCAACUCUGGCGCAGCAUGAACCUAUUUGUCUGAUGAGAAGUCGCCUCGAUGUCGAGAUGGUCUGUGACUGUGACCGCAACACCAAGCGCAGUCAAGUUCCGAAACCUCAAGACACAAAGUUGAUCCAGACCACACUUGGGUGGGUUGGUGAUCUUGGGGAAGUUGAUGGUGAGACCUGUGCCCAGGAAAUUUUCCGUCGGAAACAUAUUGACAGCCUCGUGCGCAACUUUCACGAGCUCACUUGUAGUCCGCUCAAGGAUGAGAAUUGCGGUGACUGCUCAGUGUUCCGGAUCCUGCUGGGACAUCACUGGGAUUGUCCCAUGAGGCUAAAAGUGGACCUCAGCGAUGAGUGCCAAUGCGACCGGCUUCGGCGGGAGGACGAUGAAUAUCUGGAAGGCGAUGAUGAGGUGGGCAGUAUCAAGUGGGUUACCGAUGGUCUGCACGAAGCAGCGAAACCGUACCGCGGCAACAACCUCACCAGGGAGGAAUGGAAGGAGGCCAUAACGGACUUUCACAAUGAGUGGUGCCACGGCUGGUGCUGCUGCAUGCGUCUGAGGGAUAUUGCCGAGCAUGAUCCUGACUGCGGGGGAGUUCAGGAUACAUUCGAGGAUUGGAAACUUUGCAGCUGCAAGAAGAGUCUUAACCCUCGCGGCACUUCUGACGUUGCAGAAGAGGCCAUUCAUGUCGAGGCUUCUACCAAAGUCAAGGAGUCUGGUGUUGAUGACGAGAGCGACAAUGGCGAGGAGUGGACACCCACCACUAGUGUGGUUGACGAAGAUGAUGACGAUCUGCCCGAUCUCAUCCCUCACCUUGGUUCUGAUACCGGAGGCUGGAAGUUUCCAGGUUGGCGUGAACCCCUGUUGGAGGAACGUACGCGCAGUUUUGAGGCGCCAGAGCACCUCAGCAAGCAGCUGACAUCGAAGCAAAAUUGGCUUCGCAAUAUGACAGACAAGAAGCCGACGGAGGAGAGGGAUAUCAAUCUCGCGGAGCUGACCGCUACGAACAGGCAAGGACUGAGCAUGGACGAGACGACGGAAUUGAUUGCUAAACAAGUCGACAGAUUGAAUCAAGCCAGUUACAGGUACUGGGAAUCUAAGAAGGCGAAGCUCGAGGAUGAUUCGGUGAAGGAGAGUUUGCAGACUUCUGAGGGGGAGCACGGGAGCAACGACAAUGAGUCGAACGCAACCGCGUCUUCCCGGGUUUCCGUCAAAAUGCCUGAGGCGAACUCGGGUGCUUCCAGCUCCAGGGCUAGCCACAGGGCCACUGUGGAGGACUUCCCUGAGAUGCCCUCGGAAAUCGCUACUGGGGGUGGCUUUGAUUCGGCGAAGAAGACUCACUCAGCCUUUGGCCAGCCAGACCUGUGAGGAAGAGCAAAGGGGUGACGACAUCAGGUCGAACGCGAGCACAUCUUCCUGGGUGACCGUCCGGAUGCCUAAGAAGAGCUCUCGUGCUUCUAGCUCCGAGGCUAGCUACAAGGGCACUGUGGUGGACGGUGUCGCUACCGGGGGUGGCUUUGGCUUUGGGUCGUUGCUGGCCUUCUUUCCAGGAGUAGUCGAUCUGCCUGGCACCCUCUGCCGAAUCCAAUCGAUCAUGACAGGGAUCUUGCAAUUUCUUUUCUAGGCUGGGCUGGGUUCGUCGGGCGAUAGGUGCAUUGGUUGGGCGUUGGUUGGCUUUUUGAUACCCGAGACUAGUAGUCUCCAUGGACUUUGGGACGGGGUAUUAUGCAGGUACUGGAUCCUGAGAGCCAAGGAUUCAUUAUGGGAGA